UUCACGGCUUAGUUUUUUUUGGACAAAGUCACGAGGAAGAGUCUUGUUUAUGUUUCUUAGUACGUAAAAUUAAAUUGCGACGAUUUCGUUGCAUAGAAAUCGCGGGAAAAUAUUCCACUCCACAGAAAUCAUCUCACCAUGAAUUAAGUUCAUGACCUAUUUGCCUGUUACAAAUCUUUUAUCACUUAUGUAGGUUUACUCGCUGACUCAAUCCACACAACUUACAUGCAAUUUUUUUUAUCUCUCCGAGAAAGUGAAAAGAAUGACAAAUUCUCACUCAUCUCAAAAGAAAUAAAAAGUAGAUGCAUCUCAUUCUCACUCUUAUUCUGCAUCCAAAACGGCCAACACUCUGAAAAGGUGUAAAUCGCGCGGAAAAUUGCAAGUUGCGUGUCGUAGUGAAUCCGGUGGCGUGUGCUUUCUCGACGAUCAUCAGAAUCCAUUGAUCAAUGCAGAGCCGGAUCUCUAUAUACCUAACAGCAAGUGAGAUUAUGCUGGUGCGUGCAGUUUCCAAUUUGAGACUGGCCACUGGCACAUUUUUCCCACAAAAGAGUCGCGCAAAAGUGAGAGAAAGAAGAAGGUGAAGAUCAUGGGUCAGUUCAAGAGCAUCGAUCACGGUAAACGGUUGCUUCCUCAAAAGCAAGAGACAUGUUGCUCUCUUUGGUUGUUUUCUGUGUCUUCAGCACCAUCAGCAAUGUCCCAGGAUUAGAAGUCACAGAUGAGCCUCCAAUUACUGAUUAUUCAACAGUCUCAACGAUCACUGAUGAAGAUCUCUUCCCAAAUAUCUUUGAAUCUUCUGAUGACUAUGUGAUAGUGACCCUUCCACCCAAUACAACAUCCUUGGAAGAUAAAAGUGAAGAGAAGCCACACAUCAGCUUCGCAGACACCAAACAAAUUGGCUUUCCAAGUGACCGAGAAGGUCCCCGAAGGCCCUGCCGAUGUAUGAAUGGACUCUGUGCUUGCUGCACAGGAGUCCUCAUGGAUGCUUUCAAGACGAAAGGGUGCAUGAAUCUUCGUUACAUCCCUGAGGACUUUGCUUUUCAAUUUGAAAUGAAGAUGAACGAAAGGGUUCUUUACAAAAAUCGCAUCUCUGGCAAGAAUCCUCCACCAAUUUGCAUCAAUCCACCCAGAAUUGGAUUUAUUGAAGUCUGUGCCAACUUCUAUGAUGUCUAUUUCGUGGGAAGGAAUAUGCAUGUGUGCCUUGAAAUGGGAGGAUACUUCCAGGGUUUUGAGCUUUUUUCACGCUCCUUUGACUGCAUUCGAAUGGGUGACAAAGGAGUAAAAGUUAUGAAACCAGAAGAUGAGGACUUCCGACCAACAUCUGGGAGUUUGGAUGCAGAAGUCGAUGCAGGAGAUGACAUUGAGGAUUAUGAUGAAAAUGUGGUGAGACGGUUCGAUAAAAAUUAGAAUAUAAACAUUCUCUUUCUGUUAUUUCCGAAAAAAAAUUAACAAUAAAUUUUAAAAACUCCUAAAUG